AUGCUGAACCAGAGCGCGGUGAUGACCCUCACCGGGAUCUGUGGGGCGUUGGUGGUCCUUGCCAUGGGCUACUACGUCUACUGGUAAGUAAUACUGUGAAGGAGGGGUUGGACCGGCAACUAACCAGGGCCAUUCAGAUGUUAGAUAUCUGGGCCAGUUCUGCCACUUCGGUGGGUGCCUGGCUCUUUGAUUGGUGAGCUUCAAGAGAAGUCCGCUCAUAACCCAUCUUUGACCCCCCCCCCCCCCCCCCCCCCGGGGCCUCAUUGGUAUGGUCUACCUGUUUGGCAAUUUACGACCCAAGCAGUUGUAUCAUAUGGACUUUGAGAAUGUUGUCCAGUGUUUACCAGCUGUGGACUAAUUGUUCCUCACAUCCUAAUGUUGACCUUUCCUGGUCUUAUAAAAUCAGUUUUGCUGCGAACGUGGAUGGAAUCCAGACAUUAAAACAGAAUUUAGUAGGAAGUCAACUAAAUGUAUUAGAAAAUUCAUACGUUUUCCCAAGAUUAUCAUAAGACAUGAACAUAAUGCGUCAGUGAUCCGUAUUUUCCUUCAACUUUCUGAAGAGGAAUGCCCCUGUCUGUGUGUGCUUUUGUCUACCACUUUGUGUAGCAGUUAGCGAUAAGGCUAAUGUCAUGAAAACAUUUACAUUUACAUUUACGUCAUUUAGCAGUCUUCUGGUAGAUGGAAAUGCUUUCACAAAAGCCUAUGCCUACCCGGCAGAAUGAUAUCAUGAUUAUUUGCAUAAAUCCAGUGGCCAUUUGUUUUGUGAACUCUGCAAUCACAUGAGCGCUACAGAAACAUUGCUAACCAAACCAUCCAAUCUCUGGCUGGUACACAGUUGAAUUAAAGGGUAACUACACCCAAAAAUCUCAAUUUCUUAGAUUGGUCAAAAUUUGAUUUAAGCAUUGUUGUGGGCAUAGGAACAUACAAUUUAGUUGUUUUUCAAGGAGUGUUUUGUUUUUUUGUAGAGCGAAAACCUGAAACUGGGAGAGAAAACGGAAGGAAAAAAAACAAACAAGAUGGAGAAAACGUAAUGCGGGAAAAACUAAAACCGAUUUAAAUAUCUAGCUUUCGUAGACUAGAUGGCUCCUAUGGUCAUACACCGCCAUAACCCCCAGUGAACCUGCAGCCAGGUGAUCAAGGACAGGCAGCAGUUAUUCUCCUACGCAGCUUUAACCCAGUGUCUGUAAUCCUUUCCCAGGCAUGCGUGAGGUCACAGGUGGGCCUUGCCUUCCUUCUCAGGCUCCUGGGGCUGGGAUGGAGCUCUGCUCAUGCUGGCGGUUUACUUGAGUUGGAUCCCACUGGUAUUGCUUCCCAUAGAGAUGGCCUACUAUGUGAUGCUUUGAGGGCUGUAGUCCUGAGACCGUGAUCACCAACCCUGGUCCUGGAGAUGAUCCUGUAACAAGGUGUGUUACAAUGUGCCCUUUCAGCCCUGGUUGACUUGAAAGACAGACUGAUGGAGAGAGUGAGAGAGCUAGAGGUAAAGAGAGAACCUGGAAGCUUAAGAUGCAGAAAGAUCAUGUAUAAUACCCAUAACCCAAUGUGCUACAUCUGGGUCUGUUACCAUGGCAACUCUGUGACCAUAUGGUCCUCGUGAGGAUGUCAAGGGGGGCGUAUUCUUUCAGGUGAUCCAAUUGUUCAUGAUUUUUAUUUAUUUUUCUGCUACUGUAAGUGCACAAAUGCACACCGAAAGCAUUUCCUUUCAAUAUUUAUUGCAGUGAGCUGGAAAAUACAUUGAUCCAGUGGUCACACAUGAAGAGUGUGUGUGAGCGAGAUCUUUACUUUCUCUUGCCUCAAAGCCCACAGCCUUGUCCUUUUGAUGUCAGUUGGAAGCUUUGACUACAAGGGUACACAGGCAGCUCUCAUUCUGAUCCUCUGGUUAAUGCCCUAAAUGUAGGUGAUUAUUACUGAAUUGGAAUGCCUUCCUAUUUUUCACCAGGUGGGACGUGGGGAGAUUCCCCCCAAUGGUGUCUAUCCCAAAGUGGCUUCUCUUGCCUCUGUGUCUAGUCUGAGAUGUUCAAUAGGUGGGGGCAAUAUUCCAGUGCAGUUUUGCAAUUUUACUAGGAUUUUACUUGUUUGGCAACCUGGUCUUGUUUCUACUCCCAACCUCGCGCUUUCCCCCUGGUUUGACUGACAGUUUCUCACAGAUGCCCAAUAUGAAAUCCAACCCCUUAGACCUAGACCUGCCUGAGCCAUCUGGACCUUAGAUUCCAAUUUGGAACACACACACAGUCCUAAUGUUUGGACACCACUGGGCUACACUCUUCCUGUAGGCCUGGAUCUGAGAUGAUUGGGUAGUCCUAACCAAUAUGCCAUUAACAUGAUGAUGAUUAUUUUGUGUUUGUAUUAUUUUUCAUUUCUAUAGAGUUCUUCACAGAAUCGCAAAGCGCCUCGAGCAAAAAAAACAAAACAAGCAAUACAUCAUGACAGGUCAACCAAUAGAGGUGAAGUCUUUGAAAGCUGCAUCCUCCGAAGGUGGAGAGGGUCAGUUCAUGGCUUGAGCAAAUGAUGGCACUACAGUGCCUUUAGAAAGUAUUCACACCCCUUGACUUUUUCCACAUUUUGUUGUUACAGCCUGUAUUUAAAAUUGAUUAAAUAGAGAUUUUUGGGGGGGGUCAGUGGCCUACACACAAUACCUGAUUUUUAAAGUCAAAGUGGAAUUAUGUUUUUCUAUUCAUUUUAACGUAUUAAAAAUAUAACGCUGAAAUGUCGUGAGUAAAUAAGUAUUCAAACCCUUUGUUAUGGCAUUCCUAAAUAAGUUCAGGAGUAAAAAAAAAUCUUAAGUCACACAUUGCAUGGACUCACUCUGUGUGCAAUAAUAGUGUUUAACAUGAUUUUUGAAUGACUAACUCAUAUAUGUACCCCACACAUACAAUUACCUGUAAGGUCCAUCAGUCGAGCAGUGAAUUUCAACCACAAAGACCAGGGAGAUUUUCCAAUGCCUCGCUAAGAAGGGCACCUAUUGGUAGAUUGGUAAAAAAUAAAAUAAACAGACAUUGAAUAUCCCUUUGAGCAUGGUGAAGUUAUUAAUUACACUUUGGAUGGUGUAUCAAUACACCAAGCCACUACAAAGAUACAGGCGUCCUUCCUAACUCAGUUGCCGGAGAGGAAGGAAACCGCUCAGGGAUUUCACCAUGAGGGCAAUGGUGACUUUAAAACAGUUACAGAGUUUAAUGGCUGGGAUAGGAGGAAACUGAGGAUGGAUCAACAACAUUGUAGUUACUCAACUAUAGUAACCUAAUUGACAAAGUGAAAAGAAGGAAGCCUGUACAGAAUAAAAAUAUUCCAAAACAUGCAUCCUUUUUGCAAUAAGGCACUAAAGACUCACAGCUGUAAUCGCUGCCAAAGGUGAUUCUAACAUGUGUUGACUCAUGGGGUUGAAUACUUCUCUAAUCAAGAUAUAUUCGUGUUUUUCAUACAUUUUUAAAUAAUAUUUUUUUUUACUUUUUUUUUUUUACAAAUGUUAUAAUUUUGUGUAGAUAAUUGACGAAAAAUUACAAUUAAAUCAAUUUUAAUCCCACUUUGUAACACAAUAGAAUGUGGAAAAAGUCAAGGGGUGUGAAUGCUUUCUGAUGGCACUGUAUCUAUACCAGUACCAAGAUUCCUCCUAGUGCAAACGACAAGCUGGCUACUGAUGUGAAUGUAAUUAAUUAAUUAAUUAUGGAGAAUUUGAAGUAUUUAGGAAUACUAUCACUGAAGUAGCCAAUCCACUAAGGCUAGUGAGUGACUAGUCCACAUACUCCAAUGUGAGCUGUUCACUAAGGAGUAUUUGAACUAGGCAUUUGAAUUUUAAACCCCUAUUUACUGUUGGGUUAUCUAAACUGCCAUGGUUUAAAUAACGAGCAGAUACUUCUGGAAAGAGCAGACAUACUACUAGUAUGACAUACAUUCUACUGUGAAUUCCACUGUGCAUUCUACUGUGUCUAGGCCUAUCCCUGUGAUCUAAGCUAAGCCAUUUGUGAGGGUAACACUUAAGUCCCCUCCAGACCUUUGUAAGCCAGAAGAGAAUGAGCCCUGGUUGUUUGAACUUGUUUACAGGCCACAGCCUAGGUUGAAAUACCACCAUGACCUGCUGUGUGACAAAUAUCAACAUGGAGCUGAUGUUCAAUACACCUGCGACCUUCUCAGAGCUGUGAGACACUUAUUUGCACUGAGGACGUAACAGUGUUUGUGAUCUAGAGACUCUGGGGUCGUUCCAUGUCGUUUCAGCUAGCCAUGACACACCCACCAUCUCAGUUAGUUCGGAAAUAAUUUCUGUAGUUAGAAGUCUGAUUGGCUGAAGCCAGGAGAUGAUGAUGAUGAUGAUAUCGUCUCUCAGGGAAGGGGAGCGAGACUACGCAGCGCCAGCCAGGUCCUAUAUUUAUUGGAUAUUAUAUGAAUCUUAUAAAUUAUAAUGGCCAAUUUGGGUGCAAUCAGUUAGCUUAAUUUUUAUUUUACCUUUAUUUAACUAGGCAAGUCAGUUAAGAACACAUUCUUAUUUACGAUGACGGCCUACACCGGCCAAACCCGGACGAUGCUGGGCCAAUUGUGCGCCGCCCUAUGGGACUCCCAAUCACGGCCGGUUGUGAUACAGCCUGGAAUCCAACCAGGGGGUCUGUAGUGACGCCUCAAGCACUGAGAUGCAGUGCCUUAGACCACUGCGCCACUCUGAGAUCAAAUUAUAUUUUAACAAAAUAAUGUUGGAGGAAUGCUCAUAUUUUUUGUUUCUAACAGAAACUAUUUCAGAGCGAUCUGAGAUGGUGGGUGUCGAAGUCCUCUUUCUUGUGCGUUAUGAGGUGGAAUGACCCUCUGCUAUUUCUGCCACCCUGUCAAAUGAUUUUACACACACACAGACAUAUCGUCACACAAUCUCUGUCUCUCUUCCUCCCCCUCUGGCUAGCUGGUGUUUGGUCCCGAACAAUGGAGACAUGGUUGUCCUGUCCUGUGAGGGAACAAAACACUGAUACUCACUGAAACACACCCUUACAGCACAUUCUCUCCCCUAUGAGAUGAGAGCACGCAGG